AUGGAACUCGCUAGCACGGUCGGCAGUCUGAAACGCACCGGAAAAAGCUGCYGUCUCCGGUGGCUUAACUACCUGAGGCCUGAUGUUCGAAGGGGUAAUAUUACAGCCGAAGAACAGCUCUUGAUCAUGGAACUGCACGCAAGGUGGGGAAACAGGUGGUCAAAAAUUGCAAAGCAUCUUCCGGGCAGAACUGAUAAUGAAAUAAAGAAUUAUUGGAGGACGAGAAUUCAAAAGCACAUUAAGCAUGCGGAGAGCUCACCCAGCCUGCAGAACUCUGACCUGAACCCAGAUCCAACAUUUGCUGCAGUCAAAGUGAACCUCUCAACAAAAGAUAUUUUGGCAAAAGCCUAUGAAGGAGGAAGGAAGGAUGCACUAUUGUUUCGUACACGACCAUUGCAAACAGAGAGUGGGACGGGAGCCUAA